AUGCAUCAGAGCGCGGGGCUCUCGCUAUUCGCCUUUUGCAUAGAGGCUCGCGAGCCGCAGCUGGAAGUUCAGGGCUCAGCUGACUGUCAGCGCCCGCUUAACCCCCUCCUGGCCGCCGGCACCGCGCCCGGGCUCCGCUCGGCUCGGCUCGGCUCGGCCACCGCCGGCCCGCUCCUCCCGCGCCCCGCUGUGCGCGCCCGCGGCGAGCGCCCUGCCCCGGGGCGGAGUGCCCUGGGCUGCCCCGGAGCCCGAUCCGGCACCCGAGGGCGCGGGGGAGCUCCGGGCGGCCGGCACCAGGGAGGGGAAGCGCUGGACGCGGUAUUCCGGGGGAGCCGGCAGCGCCCGGGAGGGAGCGGGCAGCGCGGACACAGCGCGGGGCUCCGCCGUGUCCGGCGCGGUACCUGCGUUCGGGCGGGCGGCCCUUCCCCCGUGCCGGCCGCGGGUCAUCGCUCCGCACCGCCGCAGAACCCCGGUCACUUAUUGAUUAUUUUCUUACGGGGACGGGGCAUCGAUCCCUCCAUCCCCCACUGCCCGCCCGGAGCCCCCUUUCCCGUUCGGGAGGGGGCUGGGGCCGGUCUGGGGGCCGAGGAUCGGCGGCGGCUGGAGCGGAGCGGCGGAGCGGCUCGGUUCGAACCUCGACAGCGCCAUCUCUCGUCCACAGGGCUAAGGCAGAUGAGCAAACACUUCACACCAAGCCUCAGCUGGGCAAGCUGUUGUCAGCUCAGUGGAGGAAAACACAAGAGCUGGUGAGGAGGAAAAAGCUGUCAUCUGAUUCCCUUUGGCUGUCAACUCCACCUAAAGCACGUGCUACAGAGGUUUAAUGAAAUUUUCACUUGGACAGAACACAGACUGUCCCAAGUAGAGCACUCACCAGUGUCCAGUCAUGUGCAAUUCAAGGGCUUUGUGGUAAACUCCACCUCUGUAAUGCAGAACAAUUAAAGUCAUUCUCACCACA